UUAUCAGAUAGUGAGAUCAGCAACCACUCAGUAAUGCCCGACAUACAAGGCGACCCUAAGGCAAGACCAUAGGCACUAGCGCUGCUUUCUAAGCGUUAUUUUCAAAUGAUUCCACGAGAAAGAAUAGUGGACCGGAAGAGGUGGUGCCGAAUUUCAAGCUUCGCCUCCGGUAUAAAUGCAUCUGCGUUCUUCCCCCCGCCACCAUUUUGAGAUUAACAGACGACUGACUUUGUUGAGAGAUUAUCAUCUCACUGUUGUUCAAAAAUGACCGACCAGCUUUGCAAACUUUUCGUGGGUGGACUGAAUGUGGACACCGACGACGAUGGCCUGCGCAAGCAUUUCGAGCAGUACGGUACGCUUACCGACUGCGUUGUCGUCGUGAACAAGCAGUUGCAGCGGUCCCGCUGUUUCGGCUUUGUAACUUACUCCACACCAGAGGAGGCCGAUGCAGCAAUGGCGGCUAGGCCGCACACUGUCGACGGCAAUGCUGUCGAGGUGAAGCGGGCCGUGGCGAGAGAAGACGCUAACAAGCCAGAGGCACUCGCAAAGGUUAAGAAAAUAUUUGUCGGCGGCCUGAAAGACGACAUUGAAGAGGAACAUCUGACCGAAUACUUCUCCCAGUACGGUCAGAUCGAGAAGGCCGAAGUCAUCUCGGAGAAGGAGACCGGAAAGAAAAGGGGGUUCGGCUUUGUGUAUUUCACCGACCACGACGCAGCUGACAAGGCGGUCGUUGUGAAAUUCCACACUGUCAAUGGACACAAGGUUGAGGUUAAGAAAGCCCUGACCAAGCAGGAGAUGCAGGCGGCCAACAGAAGCGCUAUGGCGCCUCGGGGUAGACCAGGUAGAGGCAUGAGGGGAAAUCAAAAUGGCUACGGCGGCAGGGACUACGGCGGAAACUACAACUACGGAAAUGGCGGAGGCUACAACUGUGGCGGCUACGGAGGGUACGGCGGACCAUAUGGGGGCGGCUAUGGAGACCAGGGAAGUGGGUAUGGUGGUGGAAACGGCUACAACGAGUUUGGCAGCGGCUAUGGCCAGCAUUCGUCUGGUUAUGGCCCCAUGAAAGGGCCCUUCGGUGGUCAAAGGAGCGCUGCCCCAUACACCAGAGGCGGCGGCGGUGGUGGCUACCCAAGGGGGGGCUACGGCGGCGGCUACUAGAUGAGACUGUACAAUGGAAAGUCAACCACCCAUCCCCCUGCCACAAAUUACCUCCAGCCAGGAUUUGAACGACUAAACUCAAAUUCAGUUACGGGGCGUCUGCCGUGAAACCCAACCAUGGCAGAGAUACGGACAGAGACACCCCUAAUCAUAAUGAAGACCUCAAAAACCCAAACAGGUAGGAAGGUCACUUCCCAGAAAACCUGAUAAUAACGAGCAGCGAUUGUUGCCGUUCAACUAGGACACAUUAACAUGAAGAAUAAAACACACAGUGAUCCCUUUUAUGUUCCCACGCCGAUGGCGUGUGGUUGUCGUUUAGAGUUGAUUAUUUUUUUUAUUCGGUUCACCCGUUGUUUUGAAAAUUUCGAUGUAGGAUUGUUUUUCUGACAAGUUCUGAUUAUCCUAAUAUUUACAUUUUAAGCAAUUAGAUUUAGAUUUUGUUUUCUGGAGUAAAAUUAGUGUGAUUUUUCAAUGUAUGAGUUUGAGAAAGCAUGUUAUGUGGUUUUGGAUUUCAUAGCUAUGUUAUACUGAUAACUUCAAUUUGUAUAAUUAUUUACUUUGGUCAUUCAGCAAAGGCGGGAAAGUGACACUGCAGGAUCCAGUUUCCUUGUUUCCUUCCCUAUACUGUACUCAAACUCACGCAUAGAACUAGUUUCAACCCAAAUAUUGUUCAUUUUCCAUUUACCUGUAGCAAUAUCUAAUGUAUAUUGUAUACUUUCAUGUCUGGAGAACAAACCUACUGUUAAAACACUUUGGUAUGCUUAUGUAUGUUCAUUUUAAAUAAAACGUUAUACCACUUA